UUCCUGUGAUACCUAUUUCAAGAAGACUGUUGGUAAAGUGUCGACGUGUACUUCACAGGUCCUUCCGGUCUUUUGCAGAACGAGCAAGAAAAUGUUCUUCACCAUACCAUCAGUGAAGUCAGAGGCAGUUAAAUAACCUUUGGUAACCUUCUUUCCAUCUCUAACAAUCGAGAUCUGAAUUCUGCAGUUCGGUACCGUUGCAUCAAAGUUGGUGUAAAAUUUGGAACUGUUGUGAAUAUUUAUCAUGACAAAAGAGGAAACUGCAGAAAAGAUGAGGAACAAGCUGAACAUUUGCCAGAAUGGGCGUGAAGUAUAACCAUAAGGCCAUAUUCAGGUUGGCCAGUGCACCAAAUUUUGUCAUGAUUCCUGAGCGGACAUGAAUUGGUCCUAGCUACUUUAUUGAUCUAGGGACCAUGUACUUAAUGCACUUGCUAUUGUAGCAGGCUGAAUGGAGGUACUGAAAAUGUGGCCCAGUCUAAAGUCAAAAAAUUCUCCAUGGAUGAACAAACUUCUGACUCGGCACCACUACAGCAGCACCAAGUUCAGGCAAAAUGGAGAAACUUGGCUGCAUAUUGGUUACUUGGAUUGUGCAACAAUUAUGGAUACGUCGUCAUGUUGAGUGCAGCCCAUGAUAUUCUGAAAACGUUUGAUACUAAUAGCACUGUGCAAGAGCCAUCAAAUGCUACGUCUUCAGAUGUCAGUCAGUCUCGUGAUUGCAAUGAGAUUUCAACAGCAGCUAUUUUAUUAGCUGAUAUAUUGCCAGCUCUUUUUGUCAAACUGAUUGCACCAUUUCUUCCAUUCUAUGUUCACAUACGAAUGAGUUUGACAGUAGUAUUGUCUAUUGCAUCAUUCUUGCUAGUAGCUCUUUCUGGUGUGAAAUGGGCCACUUUUCUUGGUGUAAUUGCUACCUCAUUUGGCUCGGGCCUUGGUGAACUUACAUUACUUGGCUAUACAUCUUCGUUUAACUGGAACCCGAUUACUGCAUGGUCGUCAGGGACUGGAGCAGCUGGUGUACUGGGAGCUGGUUCAUAUGCAGGUCUCACAGCGCUUGGCAUCAGCCCAAAUGAUUCAUUGUUGAUUAUGUUAGCAGUACCAGCAGUAAUGGCAUUGUCAUUUUGGGUGCUGCUAGAACGUCCAACACAUUCUGUGAAUUCUGUGGAUACACCAGGAGUGGAAGAGUUUCAGAGCAAUGUGUCAAUACAGUCUGGUACUGGAGAAGGAACAGUAGAGGUAGCAACAGUAGCAGAAGCAUCUGCAGUGGCUGAUAUUGCUUAUGAAAAUGAGUCACUGAAAACCAAACUCAAAUACAUUCCAUCUCUUCUGAAGUACAUGGUUCCACUGGGAACAGUUUAUUUAUUUGAAUAUUUUAUUAAUCAAGGUCUGUUUGAACUCAUCUAUUUCCCUGGAAUAUGGAUAAGUCAUAGUGAGCAGUACCGUUGGAUGCAACUUUGUUAUCAAAUUGGUGUAUUUAUAUCCCGAACAUCAGCAUCUUUUAUCAUCAUUCGUCAGAUCUGGCUGAUGUCCAUAUUACAGUUAAUAAAUGUUGUUUUAUUUACACUGGAAGCAAUUUAUUGGUUUGUACCAUCUGUGUGGAUAGUAUUUGCCUUUGUGUUAUGGGAAGGACUUCUUGGAGGUGCAGCAUAUGUGAACACCUUUCACAGAAUAUCAACUGAGGUUCCCCCAGAAAAGGAGAAAUUUUCACUGAGCAUUACAUCACUGGCUGAUUCACUUGGUAUUGGUCUGGCUGGCGCAAUAUCACUUCCUGUCCAUAAUGCUAUAUGUCUCCUUCCUUUGUGAGUGUCAGUGACCCAAGAGUUCAGCAGUUACAGUGUAAUUUAAAUUGUGUGUUUGGUAAUUCCUUCUUAUAAGGACAAGGCCUGUAGCUCAUUCUUUCUUGCCAAGUUGUUAGAGGGUGACGUGAUCUUGCAUGAUCUAGGUAUUACCUUGGCUAGCUAUUGUCUUUCUCAGCAUUUCACAAAAAUAUUUUUAGUCAGACAGAUCUGUGUACAGAGACUCUCAGGUUUUGAUUUUCCUAUCCUCUUAUAUGCAACAUGAAAAUGGGGCAUUGUAAAUAAUUGAUAUAACAUUUGGGACAGCACAGCAGAUCUCUUCUGUUUGAAUAUGAUAUAUAAGGAAGUGUUUGAAUGAUUACCAUCACUGACAUGAAAAUGACAUUGAAUCAAAAGAAACACACUGGACUAUGAGCUACUUAAAAUUUUAUAACAGAACCUGAAAGUGCUCUUCAGGAAUGAUUCAGGAGAUGAUUCAUGAAUUUCAGUUCCUUGGCAUGUGUAUGAUAGCACUUUUGUAGUGUUACUGCAUUUAAUGAAGAAUAUGUAUACACAUUCUCUUAUCAACCUAGAGUAUUAUGUUACAGUCUCUUUAAACAAAAUUCUAACAUAGAAUUGUUAAUUGUAACUGUGAGAGACCUUUUAUGGCUGACAUUUUACACAUUCUAUAAGACUGAGAUCUCUAAAAUGUCACACAAGUGACUGAAAUGACCAUGUUGGAUUAGUUUUGAUAAAAUUGUAUGGGCCACAGAAGGUGUGGGAAAACUGGCAUUGAUCUACAUUGAGAAUGAAAAAAUAUAUAUAAUGUGUGUGUGUGUAUGUGUGUGUGUGUGUGUGUGUGGUGCCAUUUUUAUAUUUAUGUGUAAUAUUUGGUCAUUAUUUAAGAGUAUAUUUUGGCCUUGUACUUAUCCAGUUAUGGAUAUUUAACAUAAAAUUAUUGCUCAGCCAAUACUGUGAAUUCAUGUACUUCAUAUGUAUUUACCAAAUAUCAAAGCAAAACAUUGUCUUAUAAUUAACUGUCUUUAUAUAUUUUUAUUUGUUUGAUAAUUACAGGGCAGAUUUGUUGCCCACUGGAUUUCU